CCAUGCGUCGCAGUGAUACGAGUAGUUACAGUAGACGCGAACGUCUGGCGCGCAGUACUAUUACAUUAUUGUUUUUUUGUUAGCGAUCUGGCCAACAGCUUCCAAUUUUAGUAGUUUACCGGUGCACGUUUGGUGUGUGGUUUCAUAACCGAUGGGAGCGCUGCUGGUUAGCUCAGAAGAUAGCAUUACGGGCAGCAGUUUUGCCAGGCCGAUUAGAUGAAUCUCGUCGACGUUAUCAGUCACCCGACGAUGACUGCUGGAUGCCCGGCGUUAUCGAUGUCUGCCUUUUUUAAGGUAUCAAACCGUCACCCCAUUCAAGCAGGAAUGAUAGGAGUGAGCUCAGUUCAACGAGUACGAUGGAAGGACGGUGACCGGCAGCAAUCGACAUGUGGAAGAGAACCAUAGGCAGAUUGCCGCUGUUCUGGAAAAUCUAUCUUCCUACGCUGGUCGGACUGAUCGUGUACAAUGAAUAUCUCAUCCACAUCUACCAUAGUCUUCAGUGGUCUGAGUUGCAAUGUGAAACAGACAGCUGUGUCAAGGUGCUGCUGGUGGCCGAUCCCCAAAUACUAGGAAAUACUUUCGGCAAAAAGCUUUAUUGGCCGCUGGCGAACUUUGACUCUGACCGGCACUUGAAGCGGACCUACAAACGGGCGGUUCAACAUACCACUCCAGAUGUUAUCUGCUUUUUGGGAGAUCUCAUGGAUGAGGGAAACGUGGCCGAUGACGUACAGUUUGCGAAUUAUUUCUCUCGGUUCGUGGACAUUUUUACCCAACCUACGGCUGAUACUUUAAUGCUCUUCAUUCCCGGCGAUAAUGACGUUGGUGGCGUGGGUUUGGAGGCAUUACCGAUGAGAUCGGAUAGAGUACUACGAUUCAAACAGUACUUCAAUGUGCAAGACGAAUGGCUGGCACAUUCAUCACUACGGUUUAUCCAUGUUAAUCGAAUGGAAAUGACGAUGGCAGAGAGCACGUACUUGAGUAAGACUGAGCAACAAACCUACACAGUGCUCCUAAGCCAUGUGCCUUUAUUACGCUCGACGGAUACCUUCACAUACCAGGCGAUCGAUGAAUUCCAGCCGAACGUUAUUUUCUCGGGUCACGAACACAAAUCACUACACAUCAAAACACAUCGCAAUCGACUGCAGCAGGGUGUGACCUUUGCUCCACUUAAUACCGCCGGUGGCAGCCGCCAUGAGGUGCUUGAGUUUAAUUUGGACUAUUUGAGGGAUACGCGCGAGCUGUUGGAGUUUGUUGUGCCAACGUGUUCCUAUCGAAUGGGAGAGAUGAAGAUCGGGUACGGGUAUGCGAUGUUUGAUGGCGAUAAGCUACGGUACACUGUCCUCUGGACUUCGCAACGCAUCUACCAGCUGGCGGCGUACUCUAUGUUGCUCAUACCGCUGAAGCUGGUUUGUGGGCAGAUAUGGUGUAACAUUCUGAAGCGAUACUGGUGCUGCUGUCGAAAGAGACCCCGAAACUACCUACCACUGCCGUUGGGAUGA